GUGACGAGCCGCUCCUAUAUAAAAUACUCAGUUCCGAGAGAUUGGUGAAGUCGGUGUUGGUGUUGAAAGUCGAUGGUAGCCUUCACGAUUAACGCGAUCAUAUCCUCCACGAUGGUGUCACGUCAACUACUUGGUUAUCUCUUCUUGGGUGUGAUGUUGCGGUACGGCAACGCGUAUAAAUCCAACGCGAAUUACUUGGAUGCAAUCCUGAUGACUUUGGAGCGCAUCGAAACGGGAAUGCUCAAACUAGUCGAGCAGAGUGCAUCGGGAUGCGCGCAUUUUUCUCAUACCGAGAAAUUAGCCGAGCGUUCAAAGGUCCUAGACGAUGACGAGGUUCACAGCGGGCGAGGCUGGAAUCCACACGAGCACUCCACGAAUUUUAUAAACGUCCGGAGGUCCAUCAGCAAUUCCGACGAAAACGAUGACUAUCGAUCGCUGUUGCGAAAGCCAAAACGAAAUAGAUCGUCCAAUCGCAAUCAGAACGUGAAUUCUAACGCUAACAUCAACACGAACACGAACAUCAACGCCAACAGAGCGAAGAUAUUCGACCUCAGCGAUGAAACCUCUGCGGUGUAAAGUAGGCGCGGAUGAGGCUCCAGAGGAUGUUACGAAAUUUCUCUUAUGAAGACCGUCGCAUCUAAUUGUAAUCCGUGUAAAAUCAUAUGUUUGCAAUAAUAAAAUGAAGUAAUCAAUGGAAAA